AGGACGCCAAAUGUCACGCUGCAGAGUGGGCUUCUGUCUCAGUGAUAAGAAACGCCGCAGGAUGAAUCUGGAUGGCUUUGCGGAGUUCUGGACCAUGGAGUGGAGGUGGUGGAGAUUGAUUUUACUCAGCCACUUGAGCCCCAAGGACCCUUCGAUGUCAUAGUUCAUAAGCUGUCCGAUGUCAUCGUAGAGGCGGAGCAUGACAAACAAUCAAAGCAGCUCCUGGUCGACUUCCAGGUGGACCUAAAAAGAACCACAAUGCACCACAUGUUUGGUUUAAAUGUUAAAACAAAUAUGCAAUGUGCAAUAGAGCCUCAUCAGUCAUUCUACAUUACCAGACACAUAAUGGCCACAAUAUUAAAAGCAAGUAUUUGGAACAUUCCACAGCUAAACAGAUGAACUGGAAACAGAGCUAUGUGUCAGCACACAGCAAGAUAGUUCUUCUGGAUCCCCUGCCUGCCAUGACCCAAAUUCUAGACCGCUUUACCUCUUACCGGAUCAUGAGCAAGCUGCACAAUUCACUCCGAGACUGGCACAUUUGCAGUCCUCCAUACCUCGAGGUCCACAGUGCAAGCGAUAUGCCUUCCGUUCAGCAGAAAGUGAUGACUCAGAACCUGAGCUUCCCUCUCAUUUGUAAAACGAGAGUAGCCCACGGUUCUCUUUCCCAUGAGAUGUCGCUGAUCUUCAGUGAGGCAAGUCUGUCGGAGAUCCAGCCUCCAUGCGUUCUUCAGAGCUUUGUCAACCACGGAGCCGUGCUGCACAAGGUGUUUGUAGUCGGAGAAAGACACUUCUGUGUGGAGAGGCCCUCACUCAAGAACUUCCCCACCGGGCCAUGUGACAGAAAGACCAUCUUCUUUAACAGUCAGCAAGUAUCCAAACCAGAGUCAAGUUCUGAUCUCACAGCUAUGGAUGAACAAAUACCUUGCCUGCCUCCUCCCAGCACGGAGGCUGUUGCCGCACUGGUCCGAGAGCUACGGGUUCAGCUGGGCAUGGCCCUGUUUGGAGUGGAUGUCAUCAUCAAUACACAGACAUACACCCUCACUGUCAUUGAUAUCAACGUUUUUCCAGGUUAUGAUGGUGUGCCCCAGUUUUUCUCUUCUCUGCUCACCCUCAUUGAGUCAGUGUUGGACAAACAAGCUUCUUCUGCUGGCUCUCCUGACCAAAUGACCAAACACCAAGGGGCAACUUCCACUAUGGGAAGAGACACGAUGUAAUUCAACAAUCAGUCAUUUCAUUCAAAUAAAAACAUCUGAAUUGACUCCGUUUUUAUUUCGUGUGCCGUUACUCUAAUGACACCAGAAACAAUUGGCAGAAAACGUGUUUCAUAUACUUUUAUUGAUUAAUGAGUAGCAUCGAAGACAAAGCAGGCACAAAAUACAGCAUUAUAUUGGCCAGUAAUAUUACAAAUAUUGUUACUACAGUAUUUUUAAAUGGUUUUGAAAUGUCCUCAAUAUCAUUCUCCUCCAGACGUAUCUCUUCAUCUACCUUGCUGGUUGAUACAUCUUACACAUAUGUACAAGAAACAACUUUAAAGUACAGUAACCGUUGUUCAAUUAUGAAACGAGCAAUCAUCUUUGGAAAGGGUCGUACUAAUAUUUUUAGUGUUAACGAUUAUUUAUGUGUUCACAUCCGAUUGCAAUUCUUGGCUGUAUAGAGAACAAAAAAAGAGAGAACAUAUUUAAUAAAUGACUACUAUAUGUGCACUUUAAUGGCGUAUUAAAAUACCUGUUGUAUGUAUUGUCUUACUCGUUUAAUAUUCAUUAUUGCAUUCAUGUGUGCCGCAGUGAAUAUUGCAUUAUUGCAGUUAACUGAGUUGCUUGCUAACCCUGUUAAAGGUGUACCAUGUGCAAUUUGACGCAGUGACCUCUUGGGGGCGCUUUUGCUUUUUACUUUGUAUGACCUUGGCGCAAUGACAUUUACACGAGCACAAAAAAAAAA